AUGGAGAUAGCUGCUCUCUGUGCCGCCAUUGUUUGUCUCAGGCUCUUUCCCAGCAGGUCCCAGUUCUUCCAGUAUGAAUCUGUGACUCUGAGCUGUGAAGGAAACUCAUCUGAGUGGAGAGUCAGAAGAAAUACAUCAAAACAAAUGAAUGAACUCUGUCCCCGCUAUACUGAAUGCAUCUCAUCUGAGCUGCAUGAACACGACUCUGGAGUUUACUGGUGUGAAUCUGCAGCCGGCGAACGCAGCAACACCGUUAGCAUCAGCGUAACAGCUGGAUCUUUGAUCCUGGAACGACCUGAACGUCCAGUUGGUGAGGGAGAAAACCUGACACUUCACUGCAGAUUCAGGCCACCGUCUUCCUCCAGUCUAACUGGUUUCUAUAGAAACGGGGUUCUGGUCGGGAGCAGCUCAACUGGACGCUUCACCAUCCAGAGCGUUUCUAAAUCUGAUGAAGGAUUUUAUAAAUGUAACGCCUCUGGAGUGGGAGAAUCAGAAGAAACCUGGCUGGAUGUAAGAGGGCCCAGACUUCAAACGCCUACUGCUGCCCUCACACACAUUCUGCUUCCUGUUGUGACCGGCUUUUUUCUGCUGGUUGUGACGGUGCUGGUCUGCGUCUGGAGAAACCACAAAGGGUCAGUGGACAGCGUUGUGUCCUACACUGUCAUCGUCACACAGGAAGGAAAAACUCACCAACUCACAGAGCCUCAGGACGGACCGGUUCUAGGACGGGUUCGGUACGUCAGAGACAGUCUGGCAGAAGGACGGCUCAGAGGUCAUCAGUCCAGACUCAGGACUGAAGAUUCCAGAGGCUCUUAAUGAAAAGAUAAGAAGGCUGGAGGAGGAUUGUGGUGGGUUAGAGGAGCUAAUAAAGACUUCCUGUUUCUCCCAGCUGUGAUCUGAGAGCUUCCUUAGAAA